AUAUCAGAGAAGGUCAAACAAAAGUAUAUAGAAGAGGUUAUAAGGAAAGAAAUACAAACAGUAGUAAAAGAUUUCAAAAAGAAGAAAAUAUCACCGACAUAUAUGCAGUAUAUCAAUAACAGA